AUGGCGUUAGUUCGGGACUCGUUUCGAAACGCAGAAAAGGUAAGAACUGAGCUGACUGAUUUAAUGUGCACUCAGGAGUACAAAGCCAGCUCCCAUUCCCGAAGGAAGUUGCUUCCUCCUGACGAGCCAGACGUUUCAAGGAUUUUGAAGGUAGCAGAAAAUGAGGAACUUGGGGAGCCUGAUUCAUUUGAUCACCCUUUGCACAGUACUGCUCUGGAUGCUUAUGAAGGAGACCAUUCAGAGAAUGAAUCAGUUAAUAAUUUCUCAGAUCCCCAGAAGAAACAUGCAGAAAAAAGUAAAAGAGGACAUCACUUGAAAAUGUCUGAAGAUAAGGUUUCCAAGCUCAAGAGAGGUCAUUCUGAAGAUGAGCCCCUCAAGGAGAAUAUGGUAGCAGGGCACUCCAGGUCCCCUGUAAGGAAACCUGAGCCAGCUGCGUCUGCGUUGACGUCAAGGAAUGGUGCUUCAGGAAAGAGGACACUGGAUGAGAAGAAGAAUCUGAAUGUCCAAAAGAAGGCUCAGAAGACUACUGAAUUCCCAGAAAAAAAGAAGCAUCGGCCUUCAGGGAAGAGUGCAUUAGAUACUUCUGCUGAUGAUAGCCCAGAGGGCUAUUGUACAGGUUCUGUACAAGUUUGGUGUCCCAAAGGGGUUAAGAGACUUCCUAAAGAUAUUACAGAACUGGAUGUUGUUCUUUCUGAAUUUGAGAAGAUAGCAGCAGAUUACAAACAAAGAGUAGACUCCAAUACUUGCAGAAAAGCUAUUGAUGGCUUCUGUUCUGGUUUCAAGGACCAACUCACUGAUCUUAUAACAGAAGUUCAGAAGUUAAAGAAUGUGAAAAGAAAAAAUGCUAAGGUAAUAGCAGACACCAACAAGAAAAGGCAGCAACUGUUGCAAGUCAGCGAAGAGUUAAUGGGAACUGAACAGCAACUGAAACAGCUGCAGAGAGAAUAUGCUCAGUUACAGGAGAGGGAGUCAUCCCUGAGGCAUGCGACUCAAUUCCUUAUUGAUUUAAAGGAACUACAGCAAAACUGCUUGGAUUACAGAGAAGAAAACCCUAAAGAAAAAGCAGUAUAUGGAACUUCCAGCCUGCCCGCUCUUCUGGUGGAAUCGAGGAGAAUUCUAGGUGCGGAAAGACACUUUCAGAAUAUUAAUACAAGGCUGCAAGAGGCACUGGAUGUACAAAGAGAGGAGUUAUCCAAGAAACAUUAAGUGCUUUUUAAUGGACUCAGCAAAUUUAUUUGGGAACAAUUACUAGAAUGGGCAGUGGUUGAAGUAUUUUUAAUCAUUGUUGCUGUAGGCUUCAAUGCGUAGAAGAAAUUAGUCUCACUCAGAAACUGUAUCUUUCCACUGUUAAAUAGUCUACAUAAGAACUCAUUCAAAGAGCGUCGGGUCAAAUUAAUGAGAUGUCAAAUCUUAUUAAGAUCACAUAAACUUCCUGUUUUAAGAACAUCCGUUUUUAAGCUCCUUGGCUAUGUAAAUAAUGUGAUUUUGAAACCA